CGGGUUGGCAGUGCCACUUCGUUGCUCGUCGCAUUCAGUCCGCAUUGGCAGCGUCGCAUUUCGUCAGCGGUGGGGCUCACAAACGCGCGACGAGGUUAACGACAGCCCAGACAUAGACCCAGACCCCAGACCCCAUCUCUAAACGAAACCCUAACAUUUCAAACCAAACGUUAACUGUUAAACGACUAGGCACGUAGCGUAGCUGGCGGUCGGACUGAUCUAACCGAGGAGCAGUCAAUAGUAAACACUAACAGUGAAUCCCAGCUACAACAGCUGCAACAGCAACAAUAGCGCGUUUUUCACAUAGCUGAAGAUGAUGUGCAACUGCUUAUGAACCCAAUCCAUCCAACAAGAAAUAAACAAAGCUAUUUAAAUCUAUGCCGCGAGCCAGCUGCAGAGCGAGUGUGAGAAAAUGAACAGCAACAUACAAGCAAAUUAAGCAGCAGCAACACGAAAAAAAAUACAGUAAGGAAACCCGACAACAGCAACAGCAACAGCAGCAGCAGCAGGAAGAGCCGACGGGACUAAUUGAGGCAAGGAAAAACGGGCAAUAUCAGCGAGCAUAUUGUGCAGGUAAUGGUCGAAUUAAGGCAACAUGCUGUGCGGCAGCAACACGACAGCAACAGCCACAGCCAGAGCCAGAGCCACAGCAACAGCAACAGCUGCAACAAUAAUACAAAGCUCAACUGUAGAAACAGGCAGCUGAUGCGCGGCAGCAACAGAACAAAAGUUAAGCUGAAAUGUAGACCAAGCACAACAGCAACAUCAGCAGCAACAGCCACAGUAACAGCGACUGCGACAGAGGUAACAACAGCAACAGCGACAUCAGCAACAGCAACAGCACCAGCAACAGAGAGCAAAAAGAGUUUCAUUGCAACGGCAGCAACAACAACAACUGCAAUUGCUGCCAAUGCUCAUAUCAAUGCAGCAAUGGAUAUAACCUACAACAACUGUAACAACAACAACUGCAACACUGCCAACAGGAAUAGCAAACACAAUAGCAAUACUAGUAGCUGCCCAGCAGCAACACGCACCAGCAACACCUGCUGUUGGUCGACAAAGAUGUGGCUGGCAUUGCCGCUGCUAAUGUGCAUGCUCUGUGCUUGCCCCCACACCGAUGCUCUGCGGCUGACCAACGGCGGCAACAGCCUGAGCAAGGGCGUCGGCGCCAACAAGGAGCAGCUGAACAUCGGCCUGAUUGCGCCGCACACGAAUUUCGGCAAGCGCGAAUAUUUGCGCAGCAUCAACAAUGCGGUCACCGGGCUGACGAAGACUCGCGGCGCCAAGCUCACCUUCCUCAAGGACUACUCCUUCGAGCAGAAGAACAUACAUUUCGACAUGAUGUCCUUGACGCCAAGCCCAACUGCCAUUUUGAGCACACUGUGCAAGGAGUUUCUGCGCGUCAAUGUCUCGGCCAUUCUGUACAUGAUGAACAACGAGCAGUUCGGCCACAGCACCGCCUCGGCGCAGUAUUUUCUGCAGCUGGCCGGCUACCUGGGCAUACCCGUGAUCUCGUGGAAUGCGGACAACUCGGGACUGGAGCGGCGAGCCUCGCAGUCGACGCUGCAGCUGCAGCUGGCGCCGAGCAUCGAGCAUCAGAGCGCGGCCAUGUUGAGCAUACUGGAGCGGUACAAGUGGCAUCAGUUCUCAGUGGUCACCUCGCAGAUCGCCGGCCACGACGACUUUGUGCAGGCGGUGCGCGAGCGCGUGGCCGAGAUGCAGGAGCACUUCAAGUUCACGAUUCUCAAUUCGAUUGUGGUGACGCGAACAAGCGAUCUAAUGGAGCUGGUGAACAGCGAGGCGCGCGUCAUGCUGCUCUACGCAACCCAGACGGAGGCAAUCACCAUACUGCGAGCCGCCGAGGAGAUGAAGCUGACCGGCGAGAACUACGUGUGGGUAGUUAGCCAGUCGGUGAUUGAGAAGAAGGACGCGCACUCCCAAUUUCCCGUCGGCAUGCUGGGCGUCCACUUCGACACGAGCAGCGCCGCGCUAAUGAACGAGAUAUCCAAUGCCAUCAAGAUUUAUAGCUAUGGCGUCGAGGCGUACCUAACAGAUCCAGCGAACCGCGACCGCCGCCUGACCACACAGUCGCUCUCCUGCGAGGACGAGGGUCGCGGCCGCUGGGACAACGGCGAAAUCUUUUUCAAGUACUUGCGCAACGUGUCCAUCGAGGGCGAUCUGAACAAGCCAAACAUUGAGUUCACUGCCGACGGCGAUCUCAAAUCUGCCGAGCUCAAGAUCAUGAACCUGCGGCCCAGCGCCAACAAUAAGAAUCUCGUCUGGGAGGAGAUCGGUGUGUGGAAGUCGUGGGAGACGCAGAAGCUCGAUAUUCGGGACAUCGCUUGGCCAGGUAACUCGCACGCUCCGCCGCAAGGUGUGCCCGAGAAAUUCCAUUUAAAGAUCACAUUCCUCGAGGAGGCACCCUAUAUCAAUCUGUCACCCGCCGAUCCAGUCAGCGGCAAAUGCUUGAUGGACCGCGGUGUGCUGUGCCGUGUGGCGGCCGACCAUGAAAUGGCCGCCGACAUCGAUGUGGGUCAAGCACACCGCAACGAGUCCUUCUAUCAAUGCUGCAGCGGCUUUUGCAUUGAUCUACUCGAAAAGUUUGCCGAAGAAUUGGGCUUCACCUACGAGCUGGUACGGGUUGAAGAUGGUAAAUGGGGUACACUUGAGAAUGGUAAAUGGAAUGGUUUGAUUGCCGACUUGGUUAACCGCAAGACGGACAUGGUACUCACAUCUCUCAUGAUCAACACCGAGCGCGAAGCAGUUGUCGAUUUCAGUGAGCCGUUCAUGGAAACUGGCAUUGCCAUUGUUGUGGCCAAACGAACGGGCAUCAUAUCGCCUACGGCCUUUCUGGAGCCCUUCGACACGGCCUCCUGGAUGCUGGUGGGUAUCGUCGCCAUUCAAGCAGCCACAUUUAUGAUUUUCCUGUUCGAGUGGCUGUCGCCCAGCGGCUACGACAUGAAGCUCUACCUACAAAACACGAACGUCACGCCCUAUCGGUUCUCGCUGUUCCGCACGUACUGGCUAGUCUGGGCGGUGCUCUUCCAGGCCGCCGUCCACGUGGACUCGCCGCGCGGCUUCACCUCGCGCUUCAUGACCAAUGUCUGGGCUCUGUUCGCUGUUGUCUUCCUUGCCAUCUACACUGCCAACCUGGCGGCCUUCAUGAUAACCAGAGAGGAGUUCCAUGAGUUCAGUGGACUCAACGACAGCCGCUUGGUGCAUCCGUACUCGCACAAGCCUUCGUUCAAGUUCGGCACCAUACCCUACAGCCACACGGACUCUACCAUACACAAGUACUUUAAGGACAUGCACUACUACAUGAAGCAGUACAAUAAGACGAGUGUGGCCGAUGGCGUCGCCGCCGUACUCAAUGGCAACCUGGACUCGUUCAUCUACGAUGGCACCGUGCUGGAUUACUUGGUUGCCCAGGAUGAGGACUGUCGCCUAAUGACUGUGGGUAGCUGGUACGCAAUGACAGGCUAUGGCUUAGCUUUUAGCCGCAAUUCCAAGUACGUACAGAUGUUCAAUAAACGGCUGCUGGAAUUCCGGGCCAAUGGAGACUUGGAGCGUUUGCGUCGCUACUGGAUGACAGGCACCUGUCGGCCGGGCAAGCAGGAGCACAAGUCCUCCGAUCCGCUGGCACUCGAGCAGUUCUUGUCCGCCUUCUUGCUGCUAAUGGCUGGCAUUCUACUGGCCGCGCUGCUGCUGCUGCUCGAGCACGUCUAUUUCAAGUACAUACGCAAACGUUUGGCCAAAAAGGAUGGCGGUCAUUGCUGUGCCCUCAUCUCGCUAUCCAUGGGCAAGUCACUCACCUUCCGCGGAGCCGUUUACGAGGCAACAGAGAUCCUAAAAAAGCAUCGCUGCAACGAUCCCAUUUGCGACACGCACCUGUGGAAGGUCAAGCACGAGCUGGACAUGUCCCGCCUUCGCGUGCGCCAGCUGGAAAAGGUCAUGGACAAGCACGGCAUCAAAGCGCCGCAGUUAAGGCUAGCCUCGUCGUCGGAUCUGCUCAACCAUCACCAUCUGAAGGAACGUCCGCCCCUGCUGGGAAACCUCAGCUUGGCUGCCAGCGCACAAGAUCUAUACAGGUGGUCUUACAAGACGGAAAUCGCUGAAAUGGAGACGGUGCUGUGAAGUGUUUACCAGGCAUCAUUUCCACUGUUUUCUCUAGCCACUUCGAUCCAAAUACUACAGUAAAUAAGUUCAGCGAAACCCACAUCCAUCCUAGCCUAAACCAAACAGAGCUGCCAACUGAUGAAGCACCAGUCAUCGUCAAAACCCAAACGAAACUAAUUUACAUAUGAUGUAAUCAAUCCACAUCAAGCAUAGCCAGAAAAGAGCGGAAGAAACUCAAGCAAUAAUUUAAUUGAAUGCCAAAUUCUAGGCAUUGCCACUAGGACAGUUGGUUCGUCAAUCAUCGUCAAUCACAGUCAAGUAAAACUCUUGUAAUUACAACAAAAUAAAACAUUUUUUUUUAUAUCUAACUUAAAAACUAAAC